GCCAUUGAAAAAAAAAAUCAUUCUUUUGCCGACUCGACUAUAAACCGACUGACAAAUUUCUGUAAUUAAUUUUUUAAAAUUAAUUGCUGGAAAAAAUAAUAAAAUUGCAAUAAAUAAAAUUAAUAAUUUAACAUAUAUACAAAUAUAUAAAACUAUGACCAGCCGAGGAAAAUCAACUGUCAAGUAUGAGAAAGAUAAUAUUAUCGAAGGAAGAGUCAUCAGACGCUCAGCUCGCCUUCUUCCUGAGUCUCUGAAAAAGAAUUUGAAAACCGAGGAGUUACAAUUUAAAAACAAAGAACUUGACAUUUCAUCACUGCCACUAAUUAAUUUUACUGGUAAAAUUUAUUACGUUACCGAUUUUGAAGGUUGUGCAAUUAUUUGUGAUCAAGUUAUAGAACGAAUAAAUAAAUUUGCAACAGAUAUUGUACCCAUCGGCUUUGAUCUAGAGUGGCCAUUUAGUUUCCAAACGGGUUCUGGCAAAACGGCAUUAGCCCAAGUUUGUGUAUCUGAAAAAACAUGUCAUCUAUUUCAUAUAUAUAAUUUUAAAAAAUUACCAGCCUCCUUCAUAUUAUUGCUAAGUCAUCCAAAAGUUCGACUCGUUGGUGUCAAUAUUAAAAACGAUUGUUGGAAACUAGGAAGAGAUUUUCCCGAAUUUCCUGCUCAGAAAGUCGUCGAGAAUAAUUGUCUUGACUGCGGACCAUUUUACAACCGAGUAUACAACCGGUCAUGCCGAUGGAGCUUGCAGCGUCUGACAGCUUGUCUGCUUGAUAAGCAAAUAAGUAAGGAUGGUAAAGUUAGAACGAGCAGAUGGCAUAUUUUACCCCUCAGUGAUGCACAAAAAAGCUACGCCGCCACCGACGCUUACGUUUCUCUCCUUAUCUAUUUAACUAUACAGAAAAAAGCCGAGGAAAUCGAACGCAGUAAAAUUGAUACCGAGUCCAAGGACCAGGAUGCUGUGAUCAAGGAUCCGAUCAAAGAGGAAAAAGAACAAGAGGAGACUGACUGUUUGUCUGAUGAAUUGAGUGAGUCGUUCAAUGAACCGUUUGAAGAAAAUGAUUCUUUGAUGGAUUGUGAUAAUUUGCUGCCUAAGGAUAAUGAUAAGGAUUUAAAAAACUAA